AUGUCUGCAUCACCGAAAGAAACGGACCACGAAGCUGGUGUCCAAAGCCCAGAUGACCCAGAUGCAGUGAUGAAUGAUCCACACAACGCCGGCCUCCAAUUCGAGUUUGAGGUGAAAGAACAAGAUCGAUGGUUACCUAUAGCAAAUGUCGCGCGGAUUAUGAAAACCGCCCUCCCAGAGAAUGCAAAGAUCGCAAAAGAAGCAAAGGAGUGUAUGCAAGAAUGUGUGAGCGAGUUCAUCUCGUUCAUCACCAGUGAAGCUUCCGAGAAAUGUCACCAAGAAAAGCGGAAGACUGUCAACGGCGAGGACAUCCUGUUCGCAAUGACUUCAUUGGGCUUCGAGAAUUACGCAGAAGCACUCAAAAUCUACUUAUCAAAGUAUAGAGAAACACAAUCAACCAGGGGUGAACAACGUCCAGGAAGUCAAGGAGGUUUCGGCUCCGCCGCACCAGGUGGAGCAGGAGCCGCAAACGCAGCAUCAGCUAACUUCCAGGGUGGAGCCGAAGGGUCGAACAACAUUCUUGGUCAACAAGGAGAUGCAGGCGACCAUGAUGCCGGAUCGUAUGGAAACCUCUACGGCGGCCAAGUCUCAAGUGGGCACAAUGGCGCUACUGGCGACGGAUACUAA